AUGGCUAUGGAGACCUGGGACUGUCGCUACCAGUUUCGGGAAUGUCGUUACCAGUUUCGGAUCGCGCUGCUGGGAGAGGCGGCGGUGGGCAAGACCUCGCUGCUGCGGCGCUACGUGGCGGCGGGGCCGGGACCGGAGCCCGAGCCCGAGCCCGAGUCCACCGUGGGCGUGGAGUUCUACAGCCGCGCGCUGCAGCUGCCGGCCGGGCCGCGGGUCAAGCUGCAGCUGUGGGACACCGCGGGACACGAGCGCUUCAGGUGCAUCACCAGGUCCUUCUACCGAAAUGUGGUGGGUGUCCUGCUGGUCUUUGAUGUGACGAACAGGAAGUCCUUUGAACACAUUCCAGACUGGCACCAGGAGGUCAUAUCCACUCAGGGCCCCAACAAGGUGAUCUUCCUGCUGGUUGGCCACAAGAGUGACCUGCAAAGCACCCGUUGUGUCUCCACCCAGGAGGCAGAGGAGCUGGCUGCCUCCCUGGGCAUGGCCUUUGUGGAGACCUCAGCCAAAAGCAACUGCAAUGUGGCUCUCGCUUUUGACAUCCUCACCAAUGCUAUCCAGGAAGCCCUGCAGCAGGGGGACAUCAAGCUGGAAGAGGACUGGGGGGGUGUCCGGCUUAUCUACAGGACCCAAAUCCCCAGGUCCUCUAGGAGGAAACAGCAGCCAGGCCCAUGCCAGUGUUGACCUGGGAAAGUGUUAGAGCAGAGCAGACUUCAAAAUCCCUGAUGGGACAGAGUGUUAGUGUCUUUGGAUGGCAAAUGAUGGAGGGUUAAUAUCAACAGAAUCUUGAUGAGGUCAUGCCUCCUGCAUUUUGGGGUCUUAGCCCAACCCCUUUCUAGAUAAAGGUUUAAGAGACUAACUAUGCAAUGUCCUUUCCUUGAGUCUCAGUUUCCUCAUCUGUCAAUAAGGUUUGUAAAAGAUCCCACUGCACAGGGAGUUGAAAAAAUGAACAAAAUAAUAGGUUGUGCUCACUUAGAGCCUGCCACACCGAGAACUGAAUGACACAAGCUAUCAUCCCCUCCAGUGUCUUUCUUGGCUUCGGCCAUUUCUGGCAGCAUUCCUGGGCUUAAGCAGAAAUGCUCAGCGUCUGGUCGCUGCUGCUCUGGCAGUGAGAGUGGGGAAUUCCAGUGCAAGCCUGGCUUUCGGGUCCUCCUUAGGUUCUCAGGCCAGAAAGAGUUUGGGCAUGCAAUCAGACGUGGCCUCAAACUAGGGUUGCUGCCCAGUGUCCCCACAAGCUCAGGGGCUGAAUGAAUGCAGGAGGCAGGGCUGAACAGGAACGUGUAGCAAGCAUACAGUGGACACUCUGAUGAGCCACCAAGGGCCGAGGGAUCCAUGCCCCCACCUACCACCCCACCCUGCUGCAGAGGAGUACUGCAAGGUCAUGAACCCCACUUGCAGCACUUGCUGGGAACUGUCCACCCAUAAAGGGUAGGGACUGGAGAGAUAGCUCAGUCCGUAGAGUGCUUGCAAAGCAAGCACAAGGUCCUGGGUUCGAUCCCCAGCAUUGCAAAAAAAAAAAAAAAAAAGGGGUAGGCCAUAUCCCACUUCUAUCUGAGGGUAGGAGGGUCAAGGUCUUGCCCUCUUGUGCCAACUCCGAAGAUCAAACCCAGAUUCAUCGCUCUCUGUAGACUCCACUGAGAACAUUAUUCUGACAACAUCACAGCCAAGUUCUCCCUCCUUCCCUUCCUUCCCCAACCAGGUAUGGACCUCAAGAAUGCCCUGUAAUAAAUGUUGGCCUCCUGAGGAAUUUAACUGGCCACAGUAAUUGCUAGGUGAGAAUGUCCUGGGGGCAAUUGUGGACUUCAUGGAGGAAAUGGUGCUUAUGUUGGGCAGAAUCUCAGCAGUGGGUGUGAGCAGAGCAUGGACAAGGGCCGCAGCAAAAAGACCACCACCACUUAACUCACUUUGUGAGUUGGGCCAGUGACCUCACCUGAAUCUCAGUUUCCUCCUCAGUAACACGUGGCUGAUGAACCCUCCUUCCUCGAGUUCUUGGGAGGUUUUUAGUCAGGGCGUUUCUUAGCUUCCUCCCAUGGAGGCUGGGCCAGGGUUGACCUCCUGGUGCAUGUGGCCCUCCCUUUUUUAAAAAUGACCUCAGUAGGCUGGAGCAGUAGUGCAGGCCUGUAAUCCCAACUACUUGGGCAGGAAGAUUGCAAAUUUGAAGCCAGCCUCAGCAACUUAGUGAGACUCUGUCUUAAAAAAAAAAAAAAAAAGGUGGGGGCUGGGUUGUUAGCUCAGUGAUGUAGUAGCAUCUCUGAACUUAAUCCCCAGUACCGCCAACCAAAUGAGCAAAUAAUUAAAACAACCUCAUUUAUCCUGGUAGUAACCUUGUAAGGUCUGUACAAUUAUCCCCAUUUCACAUAUGGGGCCAGGAGGGGGCAAGUUUUAGGGCAUAUUUUCAUUCAUCAAAAUUUUUCUGAGGGCUGGGAAUACAGCUCAGUUGGUAGAGCACUUGCCUCACAUGC